CCCUACUGUAAAUGAUAAGGAUAUUAGAAGUCACCCAAGUGUUCGCCAUUCAGACAAUAUAUGCUUUCUCUAUGGCUUUAUGGCCACUGAGCAGGGCCCAGCCCACAGUUUGUGGGCCAAGUUUAUAUUUAAUGGAAGGGAGGAUGCUGGGAGGUAUAUAAUAAGGAGCAGGGGAAACAUGAAGCCAUGAGUGUCGGGAUGUGAGUGAUGCCAGGCACCUAGUGCAGGCGCUGGAUGGGUGGGGGGUCCGGGUGCCAGGCUGAGCGUAACCGCACUCACACUCUCCAAACCAAAUAAUGACUCAAGGAAAUAAAAAUCUCACAUCAUCAACCGCCUCUGUAGAAAAAACAUUUUAAAAGAUCAGCACGUUGGGCCUAAUGGUGGUGCGUGGUGCGUGGGACUUCUGGGUAAUACCAUGGCAGCUCGUAUAAACAACCCCCCCCCCAGGCCGGCACCGGGGCUCAUUUACUGAACAGAAACCCGUUUGGAUCGGUGCCGGCGCCCCCUUGUGCCUAAUUUAUUGGGGCUCUGCAAGCGCUUAUUAAAGUGACACCUUCAAGGGGAAGUUAACCCUCCCCGGGGAAUGAUUGCUUUGUGCCCCAGAGCUGCAGAACAGAAUUUGGAAUAAUUAAAAAAAAUAAAGACCAAGUGUAAACUCCCUUUAAUGGGUAAGAUUGACUUGGUGGAUUUACCCUUUAAAGCCCCAGUGAUGCCUGUAGUAUAGAGGUUUCUGGGGGUGUUUAUGUUAAAUGCAGGGAUUGGGGCUCAGUCAUGCAAUGCGCUGCUGUACUUUCCAUGCAUACAGCGCCCAGUCUUAUCGAUGAUGGAGGGGGGUCGGAAGCAAUAGCCAACGUGGUAUCUCCCGCCCUGUCAUAUCCAUUGAUUUUUCUCUCUACUUGAGACGAAAGCGCUUAUCGGCCGAGAACUUAUCUGUGUGGCUAAUUUGCCGGCACAGUCAGCUCUCCAUUAAUUGAUUUUAGCUGGGGCCCUAGAGCGUCUCCCAGCGACUCCUUAUCUCCCCCACUGAAAGCAUCCACCCACUGCCCCGGGCACCGCUGUCUGGCUGCCGAGGGUGCUGGGAGUUGCACAGCCACUCUAAUGCAUUAUUCCCCCAUGGAGCUUUCUGCUUAUUGGUGGCAUUUAUAUAGCAGCUCCACCCUCUACCCAUGAUGCUCUUUUAGCUCUUGUACCCAUGAUGCUCUCUUAGCUCCCUUGCAGUUGGCUCCCCGACCCCCUGGCUGAGAGAUCUAUACGGCCCCGAGUCCCUCAGUGGCUAAAGAUUAACCAGCUGCUUCCUCGUGAUGAGCCCUAAUGUGUUAUCUGCUCGGAUGUGUGAUCCUCCCCAUUAUCCGGCACAUUGAGUGUUGCCCAGUAAGUCCAGCCUGGCAGCUGGCGAGUCAGAAGCACAAAGCGGCUGCACCUACUGUACCCACCGUACCUGGAUUGGCACCGUCCUGUUGCACCUACCUGAGAUCUUGAGGAACCCAAGACAUGGGUGCUACAUGCUCAGGUCUCUCCCAACUAGAGGAGCCUCAUCAAGGUUUUUGGAAGGUGAGAAGGUAACAGAUACUGAUCAUCUCCGGUCCCUUUGGGUUAGUACCAGAACCUUAGCUCGGAUCAGCUGUAGCCUGGGCUUGGGGUGCUUAGAAGUUUGCCGGCCAAGCUGUAGAAAUGUGGCAGAUCUUCCAGUGCCGCAGACAGAUCAGCCUUUCCGUCGCCCUCUCUCUGGGCUACUUCUUGUACCUGUUCCUGGGAGCCAUGAUGUUCCAGAUCCUGGAGAAGCAAGCGGAAAGCAACACCCGGGAUCAGUUCCAGGUGGCCAAGCUCCGGUUCCUGCAGAACUACACCUGUCUGGAUGUGAAUGCCUUGGAGCAGUUUGUGCAGAUCAUAAUGGAAGCCUGGGAGAAAGGGCUGAACCCCAAAGGCAACGCCACGAAUCCGAGCAACUGGGAUUUCAGUAAUUCCUUUUUCUUCGCUGGGACAGUGAUCACUACUAUAGGUUAUGGGAAUCUGUACCCCAGCACGGUGGCCGGGCAGGUCUUCUGUGUGUUCUAUGCCCUGUUUGGCAUCCCCCUCAACUUGGCCUUCCUCAACCUGAUCGGCAAAUCCCUGAACACCCACCUACUGGCUCUGGGAAGGAUCACGCGGCGCCCCCAAGGCUCUGGGGCAAUGAAACUUCUAGUCAUGGCUACCUACCUGGCCUUGGGCUCCCUGCUGGUCCUGGUCCUCCCCCCGAUGAUCUUCAGUUACGUAGAAGGCUGGAGCUACGGAGAAGGGUUCUACUUUGCAUUCAUCACUCUCAGCACCAUUGGCUUCGGGGAUUAUGUAUUAGGGACUGACCCAAACAAACACUACAUCUCCAUCUACCGGAGCCUGGCGGCGCUGUGGAUCAUCUCGGGCCUGGCAUGGCUGGCGCUGGUGUUCAGUCUUGCCGCCGACCUGCUAGAGAAGUUCAUGCGUCUCAGAAUCCACCGGACUCAGUCGGAGACAGAGGAGACGGCGGUGCACAAACCCGACGAUCUGGCUCCCAUUCAGAUUCCAGUCCAGAUUUAAUCUCCGGCUCGACCCAAAGACAUUGGCCCAAUGUUACAUUUCCCAGACUUGUAUGAGGCCAAACUUAUAUCGACAAAACGAAAAUGGAACCGACUUGAAACUGAUUUACAGUUCGGGGAAAACUGACCAUUAAUGGGUUCGUUUGUAGAACUUUCCCUACCCCUUUUUAAAGGGUAACUGCGCCAUUCCCCCAGUGUUUGUACGAUGAAUAUGGGGAGCCCCUUUGUUACCCUAUUUCCUAUUCUUCCUAAUGGCGCCCCCUAUGUGCACUUGCUUUGAGGGGUCUCUGCGCAGUAAAUGGGUCCUUUCCUUGAUCUCUGAUAUGUUUUUUGAUAACCCAAUCACUAGCAAUUGGCCCAUACAAUUUGAUUGUCCGUAUUCAGUUAUGGGUUCUACCAGCUGAGGGCCAAUCAUUUUGCUCCUCAUCUUUCCCAUUGGCCACGUGCCCCUUGGAAGCGGCUGAUAGGAACUGCUUAUUCCGCACAUGGGUUCCCCCGCAGCCAGCGGACCGGCUAAUGGGACUCAGCGGAAAGGCAACGCCAUUUAUUCUGCCUGCUGGGAGAUAAGGAGACAAGACAAACAGAGCCGGACAUCUGCCGGGAGCCGCAUUAUUUCCACUGAGAGAAGGUUCUGUUUGCCUUGGGGCGCGAUGGUUCCAGUUAUUAUUCCAGUUAUUCCACUAAUUAUUGGACUGGGGGGGCUGUUUGGGUCUCUGGGUACUUGAAAUGCCCAGGAUUAAUUUGUACCCCAGUCCCGGCCUGUUUAUCUACCCCUGCAUGGUCAGCAGCACCGGCCAAUACAGUUAUGUGAUGCAAUCGGAUCAGAACUUUUUACCCAAUAACAAACCCAACGCUGAUAUUGUCACAUUUAAAGCUCUGAAACUGAAACAUUUCUAUAAAAUAUCAUUAAAAGACAAUGAG